AUGUAUGUCUUAGUCGUAGAAUAUAAUAACAAACAACAAACGAAAGUUUGUAGGAAUUGUAAGUGUCCGAGAGAAGAUCAUAAUUGCGGAACAAUGUGCAGUAAUAAUCCUUUGGGUCAAGUUCCCCUGGGCCUUGAUCCUCAAAGGCAUUCGCAGAGCGAUGAUGAUUCCGGAUGCGCUUUGGAAGAAUAUACUUGGGUACCACCGGGACUCAGACCGGAUCAGGAAAAAAACGUUAAAACGGGCGGCAUUUUUAAAUUUCUAUGCAAACAAACAAAAUGA